AUGGCUCAAGGAGACUCCGCGGCCCAACGCCUUAGGCCGCCUACUUCCAACCCGCAUUUCAAUCUUCCUUCUUUUCAUCCUCAUCCUCAGACUCGCCGUCCCCAAGGUACAGACGGCGGACACCAACCUGAGGCCGCUUCACAUGUGAUUUCCAACUCGAAUUCUUGGGUCCCAUCAGCCCAGCAGGCUCUUAACAAUGCUCUUCAGGCUAGCGGAUAUGCUGGUGCUCAGCCUGGCAUGACUACGAUGGGAGGCCACAUCCAAGGCAAUGGCAUAAACAUGGCCGCUGAGACAGUUAACGGUGCAGCCAGCGAUACAAUCGAUGGUAUGGUCAACAAUGCUGCUGUUCUUUCAAUAACUGGGCAUGUUUCCCACAGCAUGGCCAAUGGUGCUACGCCUUCGUCCGCCAAUAGCCCUGGGCAUGUUAUCGUAAAUGGAUCGGCGAAUGCUGCUACAACAAACGAGGCUUCUCAAGGCAAUCAUCUUGCAAACAGCAACACUGGAGAAUUUGGUGGCUCAGGGCUUGGCAAUCGUCUUCCCCAUGGCACACAGCUUUUUGCUACCCAGCAUACUCAGAGCGCCAACUCUGGCAGUGCAGGACAGACUGGCCUCAUGUCUCCUCCCCAUGGCCACUCAUCGGCAUCUCAGCCGGCCAGCCAACAUUCUGCUCGCUCCGGCCCUGCUACUGGAGGCCAGCAGUUCUACACGCCUAUUGGGGUCUCGCAGACCAAUGCUUACAACCCCAGCUUGCCUCAGAGUGUCUCCUACAAUUCGGGUCUUUCUCUUGCGAGCCCCAGUCACACUCCGCACCACUACAGCGGACAUCGCAUGAGUGCUUCACAGUCUACUCCCAACUCGGGACCUAGCCAGCAUAUGACAGAGCCGCGAAACUACGCGCCACGUUCAUCUGCCCAUGGUAUCAGCAGCUUGCCUCCUCCUCGAUUUAACUUGGGUUUGCAGACUAUUCCUAUGACACAUGAAUCCGCCCCCCAGGACCCUUUUGGUAGUCCCGAACGUGCUGAGCCUACUGCAUUGAUUCCGUUCCCGAAUCUGCCUCCGCCUGCUGUGCAGCAGGCCAUGCUCGCCGCCCCUAUGGCUGGGCACUUCGCCAGCAACAUGUCCCCUGAGCUUUCAAAGUUGAUAGAUACCUCUUCAGGCCUUCCCACCUUUGAGACUGCGAUGAACCCUGAGUUCUUUCCUUUUGUGAGCGGCCCUGGCUCAGCCAAAGCCUCUGCUGCCGGCGUUGUUCGUCUUAAGAACAUACCCUUCUCAAUCAAGCGCGCCGAAGUUGUGGCCUUUAUUGGUCGCAACAGCCGCAUGUUGGCCGACGUCAAUGAGCCAGUCCACAUCAUAAUGGAUCGGGCAACGUCCAAGACCAUGGACGCAUUCGUCGAGUUUGUGAGCAUGGAGGACGCAAUGCGCUGUGCUGAAAAGCACCACCAGCACGCUCAAGCUGGCCGUGUGAGCCGUCUUGGUGAACGCUCGAUUGAGGUUGAGCUGUCGAGCCAAUCUGCUCUUAUGCAGGAUCUCUUCCCUCUUGCUCACGGCGUGUUUUGGGAUGGCGCAACUCCGAAGGUACUUCCCAACAACUAUCAAGAGCCUUGGGAGAACUUCAAAGGCUUUAUCUCCCCUGAAGAAAUGGUCAUGCUCGUCAAGCAUGUUGAAGUCCCUCAUCGAUCUCCAUUUUCCAAGGAGUGCCCCCAGCGCCCCUACGAGUGUCUCAUUAGCACUCUGCGCAAAUUCCCCUGGUAUGCCGCUGACCACAUCACCAUCUCUCAGCGUGGUGCGAUGUACAAGGCGACCAUCAAGCUCCUUCGUUUGCUCAGCAGAUCAGUUUCGCAGCAGGAUGAUCCUAUCAACCUCACUUCGCAGCUUUUUCAGCGAGUUGUUCAGACUGCGAUGCAGUGCAAUGGCUUUACCGCCCUUCAGAAGGAUAACAUUGCCUUCAUGGUUCAGAUGAUCCCUGUGGAGCAGCAGCGCCGUCACAACCAGCCGGCCAACGCCAAUUGCUGGGCUCACCAGUACGCCAUCACGCGUAAGCCCGACGCUCCUCUCGACCUUGUUGACUGGUACAUUCGUCAAAUCCGUGAGCAGAGUACUCGUGAUGUCCUGGUCCGCCCUAUUCAUGAGCGUACUGUUAUUCAGGAAACACUCAAGGAGACUGAUGAAUACUGGGGUUAUUUUUUCAACGAGGUCAACUACAUCCAGGGUCCUCAGUUUGAUCAAAUGACUCUGGGACAGUGUGCCUACCUCGAGCUUUCAGCUAUCGAAAGAAUCCUUGGCCGUGCUCUCGGCUACAACUGA